CCGCCGGCGGCUGCGCGCGCCUCUCCCCUUCCUCCUCCUCCUCCUCCUCCUCCUCCUCCUCGUCCUCCCGCGGCCGCUGCCCCCCCGGCAGGGAUGGAGGCCAUCGAGGAGCUGGCGGUUCAGCCCUGCACCUCCUCCCUCUACCUGCGGCCUUUCCGCCUCUCUUACCGGCAGAAUGGCACAAAGAAGUUCUGGGAUUUUAUGAGGACGCAUGACAGUGUGUCAAUCCUGAUCUUUAAUACUUCUCGGCAGUGCUUUGUUGUGGUGAAGCAGUUCCGCCCAGCUGUUUACAUGUGUGAAGUAGAAAGGCAUCAUCCUCAAAUCUUUCAGAAUCAGGACAAGGAGAGCUUCACUUCCCUGGAGACCCCAUUACCUGCUGUGGUUGGAGUGACCUAUGAACUCUGUGCUGGCAUUGUGGACAAGCCAGGCCUUUCUUUGGAAGAAAUUGCUUGUGAGGAAGUCUUGGAGGAGUGUGGGUAUCGUGUGUCCAUUGCAGACCUCAGGAGGAUCACUUCUUACAGGUCUGGAGUUGGUGUGACAGGUUCUAGGCAGACAUUGUUUUAUGCAGAAGUAAACGACCAAAUGAGAGCAAGUGGAGGAGGUGGCCAGCCCGAAGAAGGAGAGCUGAUUGAAGUUGUGGAAAUCCCUUUAGAAGAAUCCAUGAAAUUUGCUUAUGAUGAGACUUUCCCAAAGACAAUGGGUGUCAUCUUCAGCUUCAUGUGGUUCCACAAUAACAUAGCACCUAAACUACCAAAAAAGUAAAGCAUGAUUUUAAGGAACUAUUUCCUGCUGGUUCUCUGGAUUCAGAAAGCUGCAAAUCUGCCUGCCUCAAUCAACUCAACUUCUCACAAAGCAAAUCUCUCUUUAAAUAAAUUUGGAAGUGAAAUGUGAAUUAAAMUCUUUACACAAUUUCCAUUAGCAGCAAAACACUUACUGGCAUCACUGGGGCCCGGAUUUGACUUUGAGAGGCAAAUGUUGAUUUUUGUGCAAAGAUUAAGUGAAUGUGUCCAGUUCUCCUUUUCCACAGCACUGAUUAGAAGAGCUGCCCAGGCC